CAUUCUGUCGCUGUCGCCAACCAUCUUUGGCUAGGAGUAUAUCUUAUCGUCUUAAAACUAUUUAAAGACAUUUUCUUUUCACGUUAUUAGAUUAAUUAUCACGAAAGCGAGAUCUAUAAUUACUAUUGCUGUCCAGUGUAACUGUAAAAAGUUCGGCGACUCAUGCAGCUUGUUUUAGCUAACAGCUUAUUUUAGCUAACAGCUAAGCUAAUAAGCUAACCUGCUCGCAUCUUAGUGAAGAAGAUAGAAAGAGGAUGGUUGGAGGAGCUCAGCAGUCGUUGUUUUUCCUCGGACUACCAAACCUGAAGAAGCUUUGCUGCGUCACUCUGAGUCUGCAGGAGGAAGACGAGGAGCCGAGGAGCAAACAGAUCAAGACCUGCAGAGAGCUGGUGCUGCUCUACUCUGAUAUUCUGGCCUCUCCUGCUCUGGACUCCUUCAGUGAGAUCACUGUGGUCAUGGCUAUCUCGUUCUUCCAGAGAGGUUUCCUCCAGGCGUUCGGACGGAGACGCAGCCUGCAGCUGGGGUCUCCUCAGUGUGUGUUUCCAGGUGUCCUCCAGUGCUGUGUGUCCUACUCUCUGAUCACCAGACUGGCUCCCAGCUGGAAUAAAGCAGGACUUUACCUGAUCUCAGGAAAAGACUUUCUGACUGAGUGCAGGAGGCUCAACGCUGUCAGCAUGGAGCUGAGCACCAGUGAGGGUCAGUUGUGUAUCAGCAUUGAAACCAACACAGUCAGACUGCCUCCAACCACACUGGAGGACUUCGGCCUCCCUCCGUUAGUGCUGAAGAGGUUCCGCAGUGAUCCCGACUCCGUCCUCGACCCCUCCUCCACCGGAGGAGCCGUCUGGUGUCACGUCCUGCCCAGCAUGAAGAAAGGUCAGAUUAUCACCAUCAGCCGUCAGCUUCCCAAAGACGGACCGUUCAGGACCUACAGAGACCUGCAGAACCACUGGAACAGCAUGUACGGUUACAGACUGCCUGAGCUUGCAGAGGAGGCGGUGAUUUACUGCAGCAUCUACUUCAGACUCGUGGGAGAGAGACUCUUCACCUAUCCUCUCAGCUGCGUCCGCCUGCAGCCGGUGCAGCGCUUUCCCCGGGUCGACCUGCAGGGGACGCUGGACUCCUUCCUUUCUGACGUCAGGGACGGACUGCAGAGCGUUUGUGGCUUUCCUGCACGUCUGACCGGCAAACCCUGUUACCACACAGCCGGCCUGAACACCGCUGCAUCAGUGCAGGUGUCGAGCGGUGAGCAGGUCAAUCUGACCACCUCUUCCUCCAUCAGGCCGGUCCUCACCCAGCUGCCUGCUCCUCCUCCUCCUCCUCCCCGACCUGCGAGGCCCUCCUUUGGGUCUCAGCCAUCAGCCCCUCUCUCCCAGCAGGCCGGAGCCCAGGGGCUUCUGGGUAAUGCAUGUGGAUUUGGAGGCAAUCUGACACAAAGUCAGGAAUGUAGAAGAUCUUCCUCCUCCUCCUCACCUGCUUCCUUUUCUGUUUCCUCUGGUUCUCACUCAGCUCCAUCCCUCUCCUCCUCUUCCUCUUCCUCUUCUCUCCCGCUCUUCCAGCCAGCCUCCUCCUCCUCAUUUUCCUCUGUGCUCCCGCCUCUUCCUCCCCCUUUAAACCCCACCCCCAAACUGGUUCCCAUCUUCAAGAACAAGCAUCCGUCGCGCCAUGUGAACGUCGCCCUGCUGCGCCUCCAGAAGCAGAAGCAGCAGCUGAGCAGAGGAGGAGGAGGGAGGGUGACGCUGCCCGCCAUCGGGAAGAACACACCUACUUCUUCUACUGUUUCUUCUUUGUCGUCCCUCCCGAUCCCUCCUCCACCCACCGUUCCCCGCUUCAACCGUCACCUCAAACCCCACAGCGGCGCCGCUCCUCAACCGUCUUCCUCAUCAAACCAUCCGAAACUGAAGCACAUCGCCAGCCUGAGCCCUUCAGCCAAACCUAAACCCGUCCUCGUCCUCGCUCCAAAGCCGGAGACCAAGAUUAAACCCAAAACCAAGCAGAAUCCUGACCAAACCAGCAGUAAAGCGCAGGACAAAGCUGCAAAACAGCCAUCUGAUACCUCCAGUAGAGAGAGCAGCAGAGGGGGAGUCGCGUUUGAGUCGAAACCGAAGAAAUCCAGAGCUGCGAUACGAGACGUGGACGUGGAGAAAAUGGCCAGAAGCAACCAGUUGUCCCGACUGAACUCUGCGACUCUGUCGUCCUGGUUGAGAGGAAGAGGAGUUCUCGUCAGUGCCAAACACAAGAAAGAGGAGCUGAUGCUGAAAGUUAUGGGCUGUCUGGCUGAAGCCUAACACACACACACACACACACACACACACACACACACACACACACACACCAUAUCUACUUAAUGGAGUUACUUUAGAGUAUUAACGCCGCACUAAUCUCCUCAUUUAGGGGAUUUGAUGUAAAAUCUUAUCAGUGUGAAUGACACACUGCAGCUGGAACAGACGACGGCGUCUCAUCAUCUCAUCUUCACUAAUUUAGAUGCUGAAGAUUUGCCAGAAUUAAAUUCUUGUGUCAGAUGAAGUCACGUCGACGUCCGGAGGAAGUCAAGGUUUUUUUUUUUGUUCCGUUUAGUUUGAUGUUAAGUAGCGCAGACGGUUCAGGUUUUCUGACGUCACCUCACACAAGUUCUGUGUUAUGAAGUUCAAAAAGUGUUUAUUAGUUUCCUGUCAGCGCCGUCCGGUUUAUCUUCUUAUCUGUUUAAUGUUUUCACUUAAAAAUGAGUCACAGAAAAACCUGCAAGAACACGAGUAUGACUGAUUUAUUUUAACAGCCUUGCUAAAAAAAAUCAUUUAAAUGUUUUUUUCAUAGAAGAUAUUAAAUAUUCUGUAUUCUACAACCAAUAUCUGCUUAUUUAAAUUGUAUUUAUACAGAAGAUUUCUGCUUGUUGUUCAGAAAUGUGCAAUAAUAAUAAUUUAUUAAAAAAAAAGAUUUUAAAAAUU